CCCGCCGCCGGUCCUCUCCGCCCGGCCCGGGACCCUUGCCGACCUCUCCGGUGGCGGAGCGGGGAUGCCUCCUCCCCCGGAGGCCGGCCAGCCGCCCGCGCCCGCCUCGCCGCGCUGAGGCCGCGGAGCCCGGGGCCGCGGCGGUGAGUACCGCGGCCGCCGGCGGAGCAGAAAGUGAAAGUACCUGCCGCCGGCGGAAGCCCCAUGGGAAAAGCAAAGCCCGGCCGGCCCGCAGCCGCGUCCCCCCCCGGCAGGCGGGCGGCGGGGGGCUGCUGAGCGCCGGCCGGCCGCCGCGGCUCCUCUCGCCCCCCCACCCUGCGCGGCGCUCCGCGGGCUGCGGGCACCAUGGGCGAGACGGCGCCGCCACCAUGACCGCGGAGCCGCCGGCGCAGCUCCCUGACACCCCCCCCGCGGACCAUGUUCCAUGCCUUUUUUAGAUCUAUCUUUCGGGUUCUGCCACUGCUCCUUGUUCUGUCUCCAGUGAAUUCAUCUAGUUGUGCAAUGGGAAAUAAAACAACUGAAAUCCGUGUGAAGUAUGAGAAUAUACUAAGCCACGACGUCGAUGAGCUGGUAAAUAUGUCUGCAGAGUAUCGUGACAGGUGCUGCAAGAAUAAAAAACAUGAAAAUAGCAAACUGUUUUUCUGCAAUGAUACUCAGGAGAUAGAAUCACUACAGAGUAUGGCAUGCAACAUGCUCAGAUUCUUUCAUAAGCAAAAAAUCAGCAAAGACUUCAGAUGGAAAGCAGCAUUAGUCUCAUGUGGGACAUUACAGGUUCUACAGUGCAAAUGUGAAAGACAUAAAAAAGAAAAGGUUUGCACACAGGUAAAUACACAUAAUAAAGAAGAUACAGAAACAGGUGACCAGUCCAAAAAGAAAUGUAACCAAGAAUUUUGUGAACUGAAAGAAAAUAUAUCUAGCCUUCGAUCCUGCUGGAAUAAAUUUGAAAAAAUAAUUUCCAGGUGAUUCUAGGUGAAUCCUGCUCUUUUCUUUCGAAGUGGCAUUACUUGGUAUCUUUGCAUUUUAUAUGCAUUCUUCGAGUAACUCUCCUCGCUUAUAUGAACACUUUAUGCCAGAAUUCUGAUGGAAAGCUACUGUACCUUGUUCCUGGAGAUAGAAUAAACAGAAACGGCUAAACCAAGCUGCUGAAGUCCAAGAAGUGGAAACAAAAGACUAGCGUUUGAAACAAAGAACUCUGCAGAAGGCUGUGUCCCACCUUCAUGCUCUGGAUUUUCUGAUCUUUCAAGUCACUUUUUAAUACUGUCAUAUGAAAGCAAUCUACUUACACGUCUACAGCAAUUUAUAAAACCAGCUUAGAAGCUGCAGGUGAAGAAAGCAAUAUGGAAAAGUAGCUGGUUUCUUUGUAUCUAUGCAAAAUGCAUCAAGGACCAACAGGACUGAUGUACCAAACAAGCAGCUGAUCUUGUGGCUGUUCUGCUGAUGCAUUAAUGUUUUCAGUGUGGGUAUCUAAUAGGUCUGCAAACCGAUUUAAGUUUGGAAAAAUAGGGAAAAGGUUAACUCUUUGAAAAACUUAGGAAGGGUACUGAUUUUUGAGAGAUGUAGCACACUUCUACCGGCUGAAGUAGAGGCGAGACAGCGAGAACUAUGGAAGGUGAAAAAGGAGAUGCCUGAAUGUAAGUUUGUUCAGCUGACUGGGAACAGCACUAGCCUUAUAUAUAUGGUUAUCCUAGAGUUAGCUGCAGGAGGAGCUAGAAUUUCUUACCUUCAGAUUGUGAUUUCUUAUAUGCAAUGAUUUUAUAUAAUGUGUUUAACAUAUUAGACAAACGUGACUUAAAAUGUGUGAAUAUUUUCAGAGAAUAAUAUAUUGGCAUUUAACUAAUAAAGUGUUCAUAUUUAAUUUUGG